AUGACCGCAUCUAAAGCUGGUGAACUUCAUUUCUCCGGUAUAAGGGUCGUAUCUGCCAAUGAUAUCAAGGGAAAUUUCGUUCGAUUGCCCAGUUCCAUAGUACAAACAUUAGAAUCUACAGGUAUUUCCAUACAAGAGUUUGGUAUCAGUAUCGUUAGAGAAAGUAAAGAAAUCCUACACACUGGAUGGGAUGGAUACGAAUCACAGGGAUAUGCUAAUGGGCAAUCUACCAUUGAUAUAAAUCCUAUUUUGGCCAGAGAAUUUGGAUUAGUGAUGGGUUCUCUAGUGGAUUUGACUAUUUGUAAAUAUGGAGCUAGUCAGACUGCUACUGAGGUCCAUGUAGAGCCAGAGAGUAGUGACGAUUGGGAAAUUAUCGAGAGUAAUUCAAUGUUUUUCCAAGAUGAAAUUUUACACCAGACGAGGAUAGUCACUGUAGGGGAAGUGUUGAUAUGUUAUAUAGAUAAUGUGGUAUCGAAGUUCAGAAUUAACAGAAUAUUUCCAGAAACUCUAAAGUCAGCAAGAAUCAAUACUGGUUCUUUGAUUGUUAUAGCUCCGAGAGAGAACAGAGCUAGACAUCCAGUGGAAAAUGUUAAAGCCAGAGAAUUGAACAAACCAAUGGAUACCGUAGCUAGAUUGAGGAGAACCAUUAUCACUACUGAUAGUACGGAAUUACAAGGCUUACAAGCAAGGGUUCAUCCUGGUGAGUUAGAAUCUGAAUACGCAUUAGUCUCUAUUCUUUACAAUUCUCUUGACAUGAAGCAUCUUCAGGCGCUUAAGAAAGCAUCUGGCAAAUAUGCAAGUGAUAUUGCAUGUACAGUGGCAAUAGACGGUACGGUACCGUCUGGUCACAUAAUGCUUUCGCCACUGGUAUGGGAUUGUCUCUGUACUGCUCCUGAAAAUGGGAUCAAACUGAAGAUAGAAUUUUGUCUUGGUCAGAAUUUCGCAAAUGAUUCUUCAAAUUCUGUGAAAGUAUUGGUGAAAUCUCUAGUAAGUGAAGAAGAAGCCGCUAAAAGGGAUAAACGUCGAGUGCUACAUUCUUCCAAUUUGCAAAAGGGACCCUCACAGACCAUCCUUGAUCUAAUGGGCAAAUUACAGACAACUGUCCUAACUCAUAAAAUGAUUUUUGCAAAGGAAAAUGUAACCAUUGAAUUGCUUGUAGAAAAUAGUGGUAAGCAUCCCAUAAUAACAGAUUUUAAUGAGAAUCCAAUUGGUGAUAAUUGGCAAUACUUGCCAUUGGAAGAAGUAAAAUUACCCCUCAAUGAAUUAAAUUAUAAAUUAGAAGGAAGUACUUUUGUCAAGAAAUCUAUGGAGUUAGAUAGCCUUGUAACCACCGAUCUCAUCAAGCAAUUGUCCAAUUUUUUGACAUUGCCAGUAACUCCCUCCAGUUGUGCAAUGUUAGAAGGUGGAAGUGGUAUGGGUAAGACUACGUUAUUGCAACAAUUAGCUAAGGAACUUAUACUAAAACAUGGGAAAUAUGUGAAAUAUGUGGAUUGUGAUUCUCUAAUGGAAUCAUCGAAUUUGACUCGUAUGAAACAGUUUUUACAGGACUGUUGUUCUCUCUGCUAUUGGCACGGCCCUUCCGUACUAUUGUUGGAUAAUGCUAGCACGUUGUUCCCCAACAUGAAAUCAGAGGAUCCCCAACAACAGGCACAAUUGCAAAGAGGUGGCCCCACAUCUACUAAACUGGCAAUGACUCUAAUUCAUGGCAUCCAAAUGAUUUCAAGAAAGAAUUCUGAGGCUGUUCGUGUAGUUAUUUGUGAUAAGAAUAAGCAUGAAUUGAAUGGAAGCUUUUUCGAUAAACAUUUUGUUAGUGAAACCUUCAAGAUCAAGGCGCUAGAUACUGAUGGUAGAACUAAUAUGAUUCAAUUUUUUAUCAAAAAGACUCAUACGGAGUUAGCUGACGACUUACAAUUUCGUGAUAUAGCAUUGGAGACAGAGGGAUAUUCACCUCUAGAUCUUGAGUUAUUAGUGGAAAAGAUGUUUUACAAUCUGACAAUUCUUCAAAGUCAUCAAAAUUCUGAGGGAUUGCUUGACAAAAAGUUAUUUCAAGAGACCUUAAAGAGUUUUACUCCGUCUUCAUUACAAGGCGUUAAAUUGACAAAGAGUACAGGCGUAAAAUGGGACGAUAUUGGAGCUCUGAAAGCACCAAAGCGAUUGCUUUUGGAAACAUUGGAGUGGCCGGUUAAGUAUGCGCCCAUUUUUGCCAACUGUCCCCUACAACUACGUUCAGGUGUUCUAUUAUAUGGAUACCCAGGCUGUGGUAAGACUCUGUUGGCAAGCGCAGUGGCUCAACAAUGUGGUCUUAACUUUAUUACUGUCAAAGGUCCAGAAAUCUUAGAUAAAUACAUUGGCGCCAGUGAGCAAAAUGUGCGUGAAUUGUUUGAAAGAGCCCAAAGUGUUAAACCUUGUAUUUUAUUCUUUGAUGAAUUUGACUCCAUUGCCCCCAAAAGAGGCCAUGAUUCUACUGGUGUUACUGACCGAAUCGUUAAUCAACUUUUAACCCAAAUGGAUGGUGUAGAAGGUCUCGAUGGUGUCUAUGUGUUAGCGGCAACGAGCAGGCCGGACCUGAUCGACCCUGCACUACUUAGACCUGGUAGAAUCGACAAAAGUGUGUUGUGCAAUAUACCCAGUUUAGUAGAUCGUCAUGAUAUUUUAAGGGCUAUAACUUCCAAGAUGGAUAUCUUACAGGGAACAGAUUUGUAUCCAGUUGCACAACAAACAGAGGGACAUACAGGUGCAGAUUUACAAGGUUUAUGUUACAGCGCAUAUUUGAAAGCAGUACACAGAGAGUUAGAUGAGCAUGAAAAAUCACAAGAAGCUGAUCAAAAUCAGGACAAAGAUUCAACUCAAGAUAUAGUUCAUUCGGUGAUAAAUGGCGGGGAUCCGUCCUCUUUGUUACAGAAUGUACGGUUAUUCACCUCGAAGCAGAAUAGUGACUUACAGUAUGGUAAAGGGACCACAGAUCAAAAAUUACCUAAACCAAAGAUAUCCUUGAAAGACCUCCUGGAUGCCGCUAAAGAGACUAAAUCAAGCAUUUCCACGCACGAGUUAUACAAAUUACGGUCCAUCUAUGACCGUUUCCAAGACAACCGUGAUGGGCAGAUGCCCAACGGCGAGGGUUCCGUGGAAACCGGUACAAGAACCAGCUUAGCAUGA